GCAAAUGGCAACCCAAAUUAAAGUGAACGUCGUUUGACAGCUGGCAGGUAUAUCCGGCCCACGAAGUUGAAAAAGUGUCCUUUUUAACGCGUACGCCAUUGCUGGCGUAUGGUGGUGUAUUUUAUUGAAAGAAAAAUCAUAAACCAUCCAAUAUGGUGAAUUUUACUGUAGACGAGAUCCGCGGGAUGAUGGACAAGAAGCGGAACAUCCGCAACAUGUCGGUGAUCGCUCACGUCGACCACGGCAAGUCCACCCUGACGGACUCGCUGGUGUCGAAGGCCGGUAUCAUCGCUAACGCCAGGGCCGGCGAAACGCGGUUUACAGACACGCGGAAAGACGAACAAGACAGAUGUAUCACCAUUAAAUCCACUGCCAUAUCUAUGUUCUUUGAGCUUGAAGAGAAGGACCUGGUGUUCAUCACAAACCCCGACCAGCGUGAGAAGGGUGAAAAGGGUUUCUUGAUCAACCUCAUAGACUCUCCCGGGCACGUUGACUUCUCAUCAGAGGUGACAGCCGCUCUCCGAGUCACUGAUGGAGCUCUCGUUGUGGUGGAUUGUGUGUCAGGUGUAUGUGUACAAACUGAAACUGUACUGCGUCAGGCCAUUGCCGAGCGCAUCAAGCCCAUCCUCUUCAUGAACAAGAUGGACCGCGCCCUGCUGGAGCUGCAGCUGGAGUCUGAGGAGCUGUACCAGACCUUCCAGCGUAUUGUGGAGAACGUCAACGUCAUAAUUGCCACAUACUCUGACGACAGUGGUCCCAUGGGUGAGGUACGCGUGGACCCCAGCAAGGGUUCCGUCGGUUUCGGCUCGGGUCUGCACGGCUGGGCGUUCACCCUCAAGCAGUUCUCUGAGAUGUACGCCGACAAGUUCAAGAUCGACCUUGUCAAGCUCAUGAACAGACUGUGGGGUGAGAACUUCUUCAACGCGUCGACCAAGAAGUGGGCGAAGCAGAAGGACAGCGACAACAAGCGCUCGUUCUGCAUGUACGUGCUGGACCCCAUCUACAAGGUGUUCAACGCCAUCAUGAACUUCCGCAAGGAGGAGAUCGAUGCGCUGCUCAAGAAGAUCGGCGUCACCAUCAAACACGAGGACGCUGACAAGGACGGAAAGGCGUUGCUCAAAGUGGUGAUGCGUUCCUGGUUGCCGGCGGGCGAGGCGCUACUGCAGAUGAUUGCCAUCCACCUGCCGUCGCCCGUGGUGGCGCAGAAAUACCGUAUGGAGAUGUUGUACGAAGGCCCCCACGAUGAUGAAGCAGCUAUCGGCAUCAAGACCUGCGACCCCGAAGCACCUCUGAUGAUGUACGUGAGCAAGAUGGUACCGACCUCGGACAAGGGUCGCUUCUACGCUUUCGGCCGUGUGUUCUCCGGCAAGGUGAUCACUGGACAGAAGGCUCGCAUCAUGGGCCCCAACUUCCAGCCCGGCAAGAAAGAGGAUCUGUACGAGAAGACCAUUCAACGUACAAUCCUCAUGAUGGGCCGCUAUGUGGAGGCCAUCGAGGAUGUGCCCUCGGGUAACAUCUGCGGGCUGGUCGGUGUCGACCAGUUCCUCGUCAAGACUGGUACCAUCACCACCUUCAAGAACGCUCACAACAUGAAGGUGAUGAAGUUCAGCGUGUCGCCCGUGGUGCGCGUGGCCGUGGAGCCCAAGAAUCCCGCUGAUCUGCCCAAGCUGGUGGAGGGGCUGAAGCGGCUCGCCAAGUCCGACCCCAUGGUGCAGUGCAUCAACGAGGAGUCGGGCGAGCACAUCGUCGCCGGUGCCGGCGAGCUGCAUCUUGAGAUCUGUCUCAAGGAUUUGGAGGAGGACCACGCAUGCAUUCCCAUUAAGAAAUCCGACCCAGUGGUGUCGUACCGUGAGACAGUGAGUGAGGAGUCCAACCAGAUGUGCCUGUCCAAGUCGCCCAACAAGCACAACCGUCUCUUCAUGAAGGCCACGCCCAUGCCUGAUGGACUCCCGGAGGAUAUUGAUGAUGGUAAAGUGAACCCACGUGACGACUUCAAAACUCGCGCCCGCUACCUGGGCGAGAAGUACGAGUAUGACGUCACGGAAGCGCGUAAGAUCUGGUGCUUCGGCCCCGAGGGCACCGGGCCCAACAUCCUGGUGGACUGCUCCAAGGGAGUGCAGUACCUCAACGAGAUCAAGGACUCUGUGGUCGCCGGCUUCCAGUGGGCGGCCAAGGAGGGCGCCCUGGCUGAGGAGAACUUGAGAGGUGUUAGGUUCAACAUCUAUGAUGUCACCCUGCAUACAGAUGCUAUCCACAGAGGUGGCGGUCAAAUCAUUCCAACGACUAGGAGAUGUCUAUACGCGUGUCUACUGACGGCCGCCCCCAGGCUCAUGGAGCCCGUAUAUCUUUGCGAGAUUCAGUGUCCCGAGGUGGCGGUGGGCGGCAUCUACGGCGUGCUGAACAGACGGCGCGGGCACGUGUUCGAGGAGUCGCAAGUGGCCGGCACGCCCAUGUUCAUCGUGAAGGCGUACCUGCCCGUCAACGAGUCGUUCGGCUUCACCGCCGACCUGCGCUCCAACACCGGCGGGCAGGCCUUCCCGCAGUGCGUGUUCGACCACUGGCAGAUCCUGCCCGGCGACCCCUGCGAGUCGGGCACCAAGCCCUACGGCGUUGUUCAGGACACGAGAAAACGGAAAGGACUGAAGGAGGGUCUCCCAGAUCUAACCCAAUACUUAGACAAGUUGUAAACGCCGUAGCUAAUGCAAUCAAUACUGUAAUAUAUGUAACAUUACGACCGCGCCUCACGCAUACUGUGUCAACUCACUUUGGUUUCGGAGACACCGUGUUUUUGUUUUUCGCCUCAGUUUGUACCAACGAGAGAGAUCUUUCAAUAAAAUAAUCAACAAAUAAUAUCUACAGGAUGUAUUGUUAAUGAACAUAAUGUGAUACUCGGCUGUAUCAGAACAAGAUCCCUUCUCACGCAUAAUUUGUUAACAUUGAGCGUAGUGGGAACCUGGACACAUUUAAUUAUACUGUAAUUAAUUUUUAAAUUAUAAUUUUUCUAUUUUA